AUGAAGCUGAUGCCAUCACUUCCCAUGAAGCUGAAGCGUGUUGCUAAAACUGAGAAAAUUGAUGAUGCCGUCAAAGCUAAUGAUCAAGAUGAAGACCUUCCUAUCACCUCUGUAGCUGAUGUUGGUGAUAAGGAAGAUGAAGAUGAUGAUGAAGACGAUGAAGUUGAUGAUCCUCCUUCCUUUCCUGAUGCUGGAAAAGAUCUUGAUGGUGGUGAUGAUGAAGACGACGAUGACGACGACUUCAUCAUUCAAUACCACAACAAACCAGCUAGCGCUCUGAUCGGAGUCUCUCAGGGAUUCAUCAUCCCAAGGGGAGAAAGAGAUUUUGGAAAAAUAAAAAGAGACUUCUGUAAAGAACCAGAACACCUCGUCCAAAGACAAAGGUCUUGCUGA